UUAUUAUUUGUUAAAAAAAAUAUUGCGGUUAAUAGUUCGCUCAAAAUUAAUGUUACAUAUAGCUUUGCACAACACAAAGUACGCCGAUAGCAGAAACUAACGAAAUGGCAGCAAACACCGGAAAACUUGCAGGUAAAACCCUGUUCAUCACGGGAGCCAGUAGAGGAAUAGGGAAGAGUAUAGCUUUAAAGGCAGCCAAAGAUGGGGCCAAUAUUGUAAUUGCUGCCAAAACUGUGACACCUCACCCAAAGCUACCUGGAACAAUUUAUACUGCAGCAGAAGAAGUUGAAGCGUUAGGUGGAAAGUGUUUGCCAUGUGUUGUUGAUAUUCGUGAAGAAAAAGAAGUGGAGAAGGCAGUUGAAGCAACUGUUGCUAAAUUUGGUGGUAUAGAUAUUCUGGUGAACAAUGCUAGCGCUAUAAGUCUAACGGGUACACAGGCUACGCCAAUGAAAAAAUAUGAUCUCAUGAUGGGAGUGAAUGGACGAGGAACAUAUUUAUGUUCUAGAGCGUGCUUGCCGUACUUGAAGAAAAGUUCUCAUGGGCGUAUACUGAACAUCAGCCCACCACUCAACAUGGAUAAAAAAUGGUUCAGAGGACAUGUAGCUUAUACAAUGGCCAAGUAUGGAAUGUCUAUGUGUGUACUUGGAAUGUCAGAGGAGCUCAGGGACGAUGGUAUAGCUGUGAAUGCACUGUGGCCAAGAACAGCUAUAUACACAGCUGCUAUGGAGAUGUUAGGAGGAGGUUCAGAAGUAGCAGACCAGUGCCGCAAGCCAGAAAUCAUGGCUGAUGCUGCCUAUGUGAUACUGACACAAGAUGUCAAUUAUACAGGCAACUUUGCCAUUGAUGAUGAAGUUCUUAUAAAGGCUGGUGUCAAGGACAUGGACCAGUAUGCAUGGAGUCCAGGUAAACCAUUGUUGCCAGAUUUCUUUCUGGAGGAAGAUCCAGAAUAUCUACGACAGAAGAUAGUAGAACAAGGAGGAAAACCAGCUUUUGGAGAAUCCAGCAAGGAAGCACAGGGUGGGGAAACAUUUCAGGUGUUCAAGCAGUUGGAAGAUAUGAUGACUGAUGAUUUGGUGAAGAGUGUAGGAGGUGUCUUCAAAUUUGAUUUAAAAGGUGCUGAAGAGGGUGUUUGGUUUUUAGACCUAAAGAAUGGAUCUGGGUCAGUAGGUCAAGGGGAGCCACCUUCAGAUCCUGGCUGCACAAUGAUCUUGGACAGUGGCGACUUUUGUAAAAUGUUUGGUGGGAAGUUGAAACCAACUAGUGCGUUUAUGAUGGGGAAGUUGAAAAUCAAGGGUGACAUGGCUCUAGCAAUGAAAUUAGAGAAAUUAAUGGGAAAGAUGAGAUCUAAUUUGUAAUUGGCAACAAGCUUGUUCCUGCUGACAUUCUCACUAGACCAGAUGAUCAAAAUUUAAUGAUCAAUAUGAUAUAAUUGUUAGAUAUUUUGGAAAAUAAAUAUUUAUAACUGA